UUCAUAUUCAUCCUGCGACUGUGAGCCAGUUGCAGAGGCAACAUCAACAAGGAGGGGAAGGGAUAAUGGAAAGUCUCAGGGCGGGUCUUCAUUUCCAAUUUCCCCGACCAUCUCUAUGUUCUUCUGCUAUCGGCUCAUCUCUAUCUUACUAUUCAUAUGCUUCUACUUCUAUCAAUUCUACUUUCCCUCGAUUUCACAGGCAUCUUCAAUCUUCAUCUCCUUAUCUCACCCCUAAAUUCUUUCCCGUAUUCUCCCAACCAGACGAUACUUCAUUUACCAGUUCUGGGAUAAAUGUUGUUGAAGUUGAUCCUUUGCUAGAAGUGAAGAAGAAGGCAGCAGAGAUAUCUUCUGAACUCAAGGGAACAACUAUCUUUCUUCUUGGAAUGAAUUGUGACAUCAAAACUUCAAUCGGGGAACUUUUAGCGGAUGGACUGCGAUAUUAUUAUUUUGACAGUGAUAGUUUAGUGGAGCAAGCAGUUGGUGGUGAAUCAUCUGAAGAGGGAUUUAGCGAAUCAGAGACUGAAGUUCUAAAGCAAUUGUCAUCCAUGGGUCGGCUGGUUGUCUGUGCUGGAGAUGGUGCUGUUGGAAGUGUGACAAAUCUGGGAUUGUUGAGAUACGGGAUAUCAAUAUGGAUCGAUGUUCCUUUAGAGAUGAUAGCAACUAGAGAUGAUGAUGAAGAGGUUUUGAUGAAACUAUAUCAAGAGAUGAAAAGUGGAUAUGCUACAGCCGAUGCAACAGUUUCUCUCCAGAAGGUGGCUUCUAAGUUGGGUUAUGAUGAUUAUGGAUUAGUAACCAAAGAAGACAUGAUUCUCGAGGCUUUCAAGGAGAUAGAGAGACUAAUGAGAUCGAAGAAAUUGAUGGAAGCAGCUGCGAGGCCAUUUUGAGAUCUCAAUUUGAACUGUUUGGUCUGGUUGAUGUUUUCUAGUUGUGGAUUAAGUCUGUAUUUGUUUCAGAUUUGCUAAACACCAAGAUAAGUAAUAUGCAACAUGUUUUUAAGUUUUCAGUAAAAAGGUUGACAAAUUCUA